AUGACCAACGAAAAGUCCCCAGCUACGGUAGACAUGGGGGAGAGUGUUGUCUAUGUCGAUGAGGAGGCCGAAAGGUCGUACCGUGCGAAAGUCGACCUUUGGGUUUUGCCCGUACUUUGUUUGGUGAGAAGAGAUUAUCUCGGUGACCAGAUGAAUCUUAUUACUGACGAACUCAGAUGUAUUUCUUCGAUUGCAUGGAUAGACAACUUGGCAAAUGCGAAGACAGACGGCCUAGAUGACGACUUGAACUUCAAGGGGAAUGACUACUCGCUGCUGAUUUUACUAUUUUACAUCCCUUUCGGCCUAUGCGAUCUACCAUGGAACCUUCUCAUCAGACGCUAUUCUGGUCGAUCAGUUCGCCUCACACCAAAGAUCUUAAAACCGUUUCCCCAAAGUGCUGAUGAAGAAGUCACAGUGUCGGUGGUCUGGGGCAUUCUUGCUCUCUGCCAAUGCGCAGCCAAGAGCUUCGGCUCUCUUCUCUCCAUCCGGAUUAUACUAGGAGCUUUCGAAGCCGGGUUUUUUGCGGGCGCAACAUUCUAUAUGACGACCUUCUAUACACGCGGGGGAGAUUGGUCAUUUGCAGUCCUCGCGUCGGCGUUUAGUGGGCUCGUCUCGUUUGGUGUAUUCCAAAUAGAUAGCUCGACAGUGAAGGGGUGGCAAUGGCUGUUCAUUAUUGAAGGCGGUAUGACAUUCAUCGUUGGCAUUGUUGGCUUCUUCAUAUUGCCCCACACUGCCCAGAGCGCUUGGUUCCUGAACGACAGGGAAAAGGAGGCAGCGAAAGCCCGGAUGCUUCGCGAUUCUUCAUCCGAGGUCGAUACAGGGUUCAACCUGAAAGAAUGCUUUCGGUCUUGGAACAAUUGGCAGUUUCCCGUGUGGUGCGUCAUCACUUUUACCUACCCUGUUGCAUAUGCGACAUCGAUGAACUUUUUCCCAUUGAUUGUUGGGCGCCUGGGUUUCUCUACUGUGAAGACCAACUUGUGGACAGUCGCACCAAACCUUGUCGGCGCCUUGGUGCUACUCUGUGUUGCCAAGUCGUCCGAUUUCUGUCGCGAGAGGACCUUCCACAUCAUUUUUUCGUUGACGAUUUCUUUGGUCGGGAUGGUUAUACUCGCCGCCAUAGACGUUCUGGAUCACAAGGCCAUCGCCUAUUUUGCCUGUUUCUUGAUGGCCGCAGGAUCAUAUAUUCCUUCUUGUCUUGUUCAUGCCUGGCACAACAACAACGAAGUCCAUGAAAAUGCCAGAGCGGCUAAUUCUGGGCUUUUUGUUGGAUUGGGUAACUUGGCUGGUAUCUUGAGCGCAGCCACUUUCCGAACUCAAUAUGCACCCAAGUAA